UGAAAGUGCUUUUUGGUUUUGUCGCGCUGCAACUUCAAUAUGGAAGAACCAACGUUACGUAUACGCAAUUUAACUUAACGCUGUACAAGCAAAUGCCGGCUAUGUACCAAUUAGAUGACUAUGAUCUGUGUCUGCAGCAGUCACCAAGCCAAAUCCUUGCGCACAGCACUUAUUGCCUGGUCUACGCUGAGAUUGUGCCGAAUGCUAGCUCCACGCUGUGGCAACAAAUCGAGCAAGUUUCACAGGAUAACAAACAUCACUUUCGACACGAUCAUCUCUUUGUUGGCGUCUGCUUGGAGCACUGCAAACGUGCACUGCACACUCUCAGCAGAAUUCAGAAACAACAACUCUACGAGGGCAAAGUUGUGGACACUGAGCUAAGCUCCUAUUAUGCCAAGGUGCACAAGCGAGCAACCGAUGAGCGAAUACGCUAUGAACACGCUAUCAACAGCUGUCUGAAUCGUGAAUUUGAACGCAGAUUUGAGUUGCGAGUGCGUAGCAGCAUCGAGUACUGCGAAAGAGCAGAGGAGCAAUUGGAGCAUGAUGCAUUGGAUAUCACUGUUUACUGCUUGCUGGCUUCACUGCUGCUGGUCACAAUUUUCUCCAGCUUUUACGACUAUCGCUUGAAGCUGCAACAAGUUGAACCUGAACUAGCUCGUGGCAAUCUCUUCUAUCAGCAACCUCUUAAUUCAUCCUGGCAAGGAUUUCUCACCAUCUUUUCGCUGUGCCGCAACUAUUAUCGCCUUGUGCUGCCUUCGCGUAGUCAAUUCGCCAAGGAUCUGCGUUUUUUCGAUGCCUUUCGGGUGAUUGGCGUCUUUGUGGUGAUUCUGGGUCACACACUAAUGGUCUUUAUGACUGUGCAAAUACAGAAUCCCGAAUUCUACGAGCAGUUUCUUUACAAAUUCGAGGCUUCGAUCUUUCAGAAUGGCAGCGCUUUUAUACAAAUCUUUUUUGUGAUGAGCUCCUUUCUGCUCUACGUGAACUUUACGGAACGUCAAUGGAUUAACAAUGAAUCCGGAGUACUCACUUGCAUUGGCGUUUAUUUUCGUGUUUUCUUCACUAGAUAUUUUCGCAUGUUACCCUCGCUGGUAAUGUUGAUUUUAUGUAAUGCCACGAUUCUUAGUCGACUGGGAGAUGGACCCUUCUGGCGGCACUUGACCGAAGCAGAGCGAGUUUUCUGCAGGAGCAACUGGUGGAAGAAUGUCUUCUUUGUCAACAACUAUUUGCUGGAGGAGAGCUGUGCUCAACAAACUUGGUAUAUGGGCGCUGACAUGCAGCUCUUUGAGCUCUUCCUAAUACUCAUCAUAAUAAUGAAGAAGCAUCCCGGACUUACCAGAAGCAUUUAUGUUGUGCUCUUCUUUAUGACAUUUUGCGUGCCCGCUUUCUUAACAUAUUAUUUGAAACUCGAAGCGGUUUAUCACAUCAUGCCAGAAACUUAUCGCUAUUUAUACUUUCGGAACUCGGAGACUUUUUAUGAGAUCUAUCCGCCGUUCUAUACAAAUCUUGGAGGCUAUUUCAUGGGCUUCCUUUGUGGUCAAUUCUAUCUCAAAUUCCGUACCACAUGCAGAGGUGGAAGCUGGAGGGGAAAGUGGAGCUGGCAGCUGAGCAUGUGGCUGUUGAUUCCAGGUGCGUUGCUGGUACUGCUCUCGGGAUUCAUCUUUAUCAAGCAUGACUUUGAGAAACCUUCAAUUUGGCUGGCAUUGUAUGCGGGAAUCUACAAGAAUCUCUGGAUUAUGAUAUGUGGCGGUUUUGUCUGUUGCAUGUGCUUCAAAGUGGGAUGGAUUGCCUAUGAACUUUGCUGUCUGCCCAUUUUUAGGCCCCUGGGUCGUAUUUCCUUUCAGGCUUUUAUAUGGCAUGUGUUCAUAUUGCGUCUGGUAGCUGGCUAUUUUCGAGAUCCGGUUUAUGUAAAUAGUUUCUUUUUGUUUGGAAAUGUUUUGUUGGUCUUUGUUCUCACUCAAAUUGUGGCAUUCUUCAUGGCGCUUUUAUUGGAAUAUCCAUUGGUUGAGCUCCUAAAACUGAUCACCCAUCACCCAUGUGUACAAUGGCUGAUGAAAAACGUCAAAAUUGCGUUGCUUGAAGUGUAA